CUGAUAAACCCAACAUCGGAAAUCAUGAUCAGGAAAUGUUCAUUUGCAACGUUCAUUUGGAGAGCACACCAUUUUUCUCACGCGCGUAUAUGAAAUAUUUGAAUUAACUGGCUUUUUACGGUAAAGAUCUGCCUCCUGUCACGAUAUUAUCCUUCCAAGCACAUCCUUUCUAAGCAUGCUGUUACGUCCCCAAUUAUAGCGCUAUUACUGUUGGAGAUCGAGAUCAAUAUUGCAUCAGCCACAUGUGCUAUUGCCGUAGUGCUCACGCUGCCAAAGUCGAAUACCAAUAGCGAUUCUUUUCAAUUCUCGCGCAUACUGUACAAUUGCGCCCUUACGUGUCAUCCGGUCAAACGUAUAAACCUGUAAUCCGGUAGCGUGACCGAUAAAGCUGACGAUUGAUCAGAAGUGCGUAAUCUCGAGAGAGUCUCAAUCUAAUAAUUUGCUUCUGAUGAUUCGACCGAUUCGUCGAAAAAAUCGCGGGAGAGACACGUGGGUGGUAAAACGGACAUCCGCAGCAUCCACGGGUGGGGAAAGUGAGCAGGAGUGGUGGCUCUCCGUCUGUCGGUCGAUUCCUCGAUGGUCUUUCGUCGCGGAAGGAUGAGGGCGUCCGCGUCGCGAGGAUGAGGAAGGAACGAGCUCCAAGGGCGUACAUCCGCCAGUAGCGAGUCGGGGGACGCGAGCGUCGCUUGCGCGCGUCGCCCUGGGCGCCGCUGCUGGGCAGAACGGAACAGAUGGAGCCGACUCGCGUGCCUCGGGCUGCCGGUCCGCGUCUCGUCUUCCUCUUCGCAACCCUCGUACUGACCUUUGCGGGUAAGAAGAGAGCAGCGAUGCUACCUCCCGGAAAGAUUUCAAGAUUCAUCUUGAUCCUAUUAUGAAGCGUCACAAGGCUCAACACUGUCGAGUAUCCGCUAUUAAGCGUUACUACGCGUAAGGUUCAGGAGAACAUUCAUAAUCGAGAAAUCGACAUGAAAUCGUGGAUACACGAUACAAGUAAACGCUCAUCGCGGUGGUUACAAGCUCAAUCGUAUUAUAAAUAAAUAAAUCGCUUGAAACGUGAUUUGGUGAAAAGGAAAGCCACGGGAUUGCUGUGCGGCGCGAUAAUGUCGGAUCAUUGGGAGGAGAUCAGCUGGGACAAGGAGGAUCUGAUUCACGCAAAUGUCAGUCUCACGUGGUAUCUGGACGGUCAGGUGGCAAAGUUGGAGUCUUCCGUUGAUCAUCGACCUAAUCAUCGUCGCGUCGCCAGCAGUUCGUCCUUCCUGGUUCCCAUGCACGGCGGGAUUUGGAUUAUGUGUGUUUCAUUAUCAGGGGACGAGAAAAAAGACCGGAAUCAUGGCACGCGAACGCGGAUGCUCCGUCCCCAUACGUCUCGGUUCGAUAUCUUCGGUCAGAGUCAAGAAGAAGAGAUACAGUUGCUGAGCCAAAUAGAUUUCCCGCAGGAAAAAUGCAUCAAUUACUUGACACCGAACGAAGCGCACGAAGAAACACGCGUAGCUUGGCAAAAUCGAAUGCAAAAUCUGAGUAUCUCGUGCUCUUUGGUGUGCCUAAUCAUUCUCGGAUGUGCUGCGCUUAUAGGCUUUUUCGGACUGUGCAGGCAUCAGAUAUCGGCUGUGCUCGUGACAGGAGUAAUGUAUCUCCUCGCAGAGAAUCUGCGUUUUGUUCCAGCGACAUUCGCGCUAUUUACGCUGACUAUCAUUCACUUCAAGAGAGUACAGGACCGCGGAAUCAAACUACCAGCAGUGGAUGGGCCUGAGGACGGCGUGAUAGGCACCCCUGUUCUCCGUGGCGUUCUCAAAGCCAGGAGAUUCACCACAGCGUGGAGCAUGGAUCUAGGAUGGGGUGGGGCCACCCUUUGUGCUCUCGCAGCAGUCGCCUGGAUCCUUCUUAGCAAGAUCAUGCGCUUCAGUCCAAUUGCCGCGAUGAUAGCGUAGCAAUGGGACGCCUUCGAGGUUUGAGGUCGUUUCUGGGAGUCACGACGUUUCGACAUUCAGCGAUCUUUUCAGGUAACAUUCCGGCCAGAAUUCUCGGAAUUCAAUAUCUUUUAUGUCUAGAAAUUCGAUAAGUAUCGAAAACUCUCCAUCGAAACGAUCGCGAACUGACACAGUUAUAAAUAAUAUCCCUAUCGGGGAAGUUGUGUCCAGAAACGACCAUCUCGAAGGCGACGAAUAUUUCCUUCAUAUUACUCAUCUCGUUUGUAUACAAAUAUUUAUUACCCUAUAUAAGAAAGAACAACGUACUCGGACAAGAUCGAUUGUACGCUUUGAUAGAAGCAUACAAUUGUUCGUUUUUUUAGAAACAUUUAGUAAUUCCAUCAUUUCGUCAUUUCACAUUUGGUAAUAUCGCAACUUUUGCAAUUUAUACUCUUCUUCUGUACCUUAGCAUGUGGCUUGCAAAUAUUUAAGCGAAUCAUUAUAUCUCCGUCUUCUGAGAGAAUGCAUAACUCGAGAGUAAGACGACUAACGUGAAACAAACGAGCCUAUAAUCCUUAAUCUUUUUAUAUCAUAAGUAUAACGCGUAAUAAUACAUGGCGGUUGAUCAAUCGGAAAUUCACCCCAUAUAAAAAGCGAUUACGUGUACAACAGUUGGCAUCAGUACAAACGCUAAAAAUCAGGAUUUAAUAACGUAAUUGCGCAAAUUUGUUGACCCAAUAUAAUCAUGUUAUACCUUGUCUUUUUCUUUUAUCAUGAGGGCAACAAUGAAGCCUGGAGAAAUAAGAACAAAA